AUGGACGCAGCAAAGGGUACGGAGUCUGCCCAGAGCCAGAAGGGCCUGAGGGAACGGAAAUCAUUUAUGAACACAACAGAGCACGGCGGAACGGAGCAAGCAGACGUUUGCUUAGAGGAACCAGAAGCUCAGAGCAUGGAGAUGCAACGGUCACAGUCAGGGCAGUCUUCCCUGAAGUCACUGAGAAAACAACCGUCCGUGUCUUCGUUGGCCACCGAGAUCAGUGUGUCGAAGGAGACAGUCGAAAGCAAAACCAUCCUUGGCCAGCCGGCCAACUUCGGUACCGUGGUCCCGGGCAUUUACCGGAGCAGCUAUCCCAAGGAGGCUGAUUAUGCCUUUCUUCAGAAGCUGAAGCUGAAGACGAUUAUCACACUUGUGGACAAGGACUUGCCUGAGACGUUUCUCCCUUUUAUGAAGGCCAACAAGAUCCAGCACCGACACAUCACCAUGCAGGGCACCAAGAAGGAGACGAUACCUAUCCAGACAAUGGCGGCCAUUCUCGAGGUCGUGCACGACAAGCGCAACCACCCUCUCCUGAUCCACUGCAAUCAUGGCAGACACCGAACUGGCUGUGUCGUCGCUCUCGUUCGCAAGAUCCAGAACUGGGAGUCGGAGCGCGUCCUGGACGAGUACAGGGCCUACGCAUCACCGAAGAUCCGAGAUUGUGAUGUCGAGUACAUCACCAAGUUCCAGACUACAGAGGUCCAGCACCUGGCUCUGGCGCCCCUCGCUGAAUCGUUUCCGGUUCAACACGCGAUGGACCCCCGUCGAAUCCGUUUCCUCCUGGCUUCAUUUUUCGCCAUCUUCAUAUGGUGGAACACCUUACGGUUCUUCCGACGAACCAGCAAUCAGCGAGAUCCGGUGUCGGGUCUCUGA